AUGGGGCUGUUCUACAGUAGGAGCCAGGCAGAACCCUCUCCAUGCAACUUGCUCACCGUAAAAAUUAUACAGAUGAAAAAUGCCAGGAAAGCAGACUUGUUAAGCCAGUCUGAUUGCUACGUGAGCCUGAGCCUGCCAACAGCUUCAGUGCAGCAUUUCCGCACCAAGACAGUCCAAAACAGCAAGAACCCAACAUGGAAUGAAACCUUCCACUUCACGAUUCAGAGUCAAGUUAAGAACAUUCUGGAGCUAAAAGUUUGCGAUGAGGACAACAUGACUCAAGAUGACCAUCUCCUCACUGUUUUCUUUGAUGUCUCCAAAAUCCAGCUUGGAGAAAACAUUCAGCUAUGUUUCCAGCUGAAUCCACAGGGAAAAGAGGAGCUGGAAGUUGAGUUCACAAUGGAGAGCAGUCCGGAUCCUCCUGAAAACAUUGUUACUAAUGGAGUUUUAGUGGCCCGGGAAGUUUCCUGUUUGGAGGUGCAGGUGAAUGGCGGGAGACUGAGGAAGGACAGUACGGACAGAAAGUUUGCGUUAACUGUGGAUGGGUCGUACGAAGGAACCCAGACCCACACUCUGAGCUCGUGCCUCUGCCCGACCUCCCCGUCCAGGUUCCACUACAUCAAGUAUAAUCAGGCAGCACUCACUGUGGCUCUACCGCGGCGGAGGAGGCUCAGCAGGUCUAUAUCAAGUCAAAAUGAAAGGGAUAUGAACGCAUCUGUGACUCUAGCUCUGAACUCGCUUCCUAUACAAGAGAAAAUAACAAUAGCAGAGGACAGGACAAUUGACUUGUACACAAAGGCAAAUGAAUGGACUCAGGGUCUGUGUUUCAGGCCAAGAAACCUAGAUGCCCGUCUGGGGUUUGACCUGUGCGCCGAGGAACAGAAUUUCCUGCAAAACCGGAGGAGGGUGGUUGCUGCUGCGCUGAAGGAUGUUCUUCAUUUGGAGGAAGAUCUGCAAGAACAUGAGGUGCCUAUAGUGGCCGUGACCACAGCAGGAUGUGGGAUAAGAGCACUCACUGCCAUGUAUGGCAGCAUUUUGGGUCUUCAAAAGUUACGCGUUCUGGAUUGCGUUUCAUACAUCACUGGCUCAUCUGGCACAACAUGGACAAUGACUAAACUGUAUGAAGAUGCUGAUUGGUCACGUAAGGAUCUUGGAGAAGUCAUUAUUGAAGCUCGGAAGCAAGCAUCAAAGUGCAAGAUGGGGGCUUUUUGCUUGAGAAGUCUGAGGAAUUAUUACAGAGAACUGAGCCAAAGGACUCAAGCAGGACAUAAAACAUCUUUUAUUGAUUUGUGGGGGCUCAUGAUUGAAUCCAUGUUAAAUGAUGGGAAAUGUCACCACAAACUUUCUGAUCAACGUUGGGCAGUGAAUCAGGGUCAGAACCCGCUGCCCAUCUACCUUGCUCUAAAUGUCAAAGACAAAGUUACCACCAAAGAUUUUAGAGAGUGGGUGGAAUUCACGCCAUACGAAGUGGGCUUCCUGAAGUACGGCGCUUUCAUUCGUGCAGAGGAUUUUGGCAGUGAGUUCUUCAUGGGUCGCCUGAUGAAGAAGCUCCCUGAGUCCCGGAUCUGCUUCAUGCAAGGAAUGUGGAGUAGCAUCUUCUCCAAAAACCUCUUGGAUGCCUGGCAUGCAGCUGACAAUUCAGAGGACUUCUGGCACAGGUGGACCCAAGACAAAGUGACUGAAAUAGAGGAACAACCGGACUUGCCCGAGAAGCCGUAUGAGAUGGCUACAUGCAUGUUCACUCCUACUAGUGGCCUCUCCACCUCUCUCCGGGAUAUCUUGACGGACCGCCCUGCUGUCUCCAAGUACCACAACUUCCUGAGGGGCUUCCAGAUGCACAAUGAGUACAUCCAGCAGGAGCAUUUCACAAAGUGGAAAGAUACUUUGCUAGAUACCUCUCCUAAUGACCUGAGAGGCAACUCAGAGCACCUGGAGUUGGUGGAUGCAGCUUUCUUCUUUGAAACCAGCUGCCCACCCCUUAUGAGACCUGAGCGGAAAGUGGAUGUCAUCAUACACUUAAAUUACACCGGUGGAUCGCAGACUUUGCCCUUGGAGCAGUCUUGCAGAUACUUCUCUGAGCAGGGAAUUCCAUUUCCCAACAUUGAGCUGAAAGAUGAUGAGAAGAACCUGAAAGAGUGCUACAUGUUUGAUGGUGCAGACACACCAGGAGCUCCUCUGCUGCUUUAUUUUCCAUUAGUUAAUGACACCUUCCAAAGAUAUGUGGCACCUGGCAUGUCACGUAGUGCUGCCGAAAUGGAACUGGGCAAGGUUGAUAUCUCCAGUUUCUGCUCUCCAUACUCAACAAGAGAGGUCUCGCUGAAAGCAGAAGAUUUCAACAAGCUUCUGAAGCUGACUAAUUACAACAUCAUGAACAACGAGAACGUGAUUAUUCAGGCCUUACGCAUGGCUGUGGCACGAAAGAAACAAGCUCUGAGCCAGUCAGGAUCACAAGCACAGUCCUCUGCUUGA